CGCGUUGUUGUUAAUCGAACAUGGCGAAAUGUAGUGUUGUGGCUGUUUGAUGUCUACGUCAAUUUUUAAGGAAAUUGUAUCCUGCGUUGACCAUCAACCGUCUUUCAUCUGUGUUUUACCACUGGCAUCAUUCAUGAAAAAUUAUGCAAUAAACACGAGGAAAAAAAUAAUAAUAUAAAUAAUCAUAAACAUCAAGGUGGAUGUAAGAUAAAAUUAAAUAAAAAGUGCGUCACUGAAGUCAUAAUAAUAAUAAAAAACACCAAACAUCACGCUGUCGGCUGUGAUUUUAUUUAAAUAAUAAAACAAAAAAAAAAAAGAGAUAAUUGUGUUUGGAUGAAAAAAAGAAAAGGGUUAGAAAGCGUGAUUUUUUUUUAAUUUUCAAAAUUACCGGUUUAUUAUUAUUGUAGUUUUUUUUUUUUUAUUCGUUUGUAUGUGAAUUUACCGUUACAUACACAAUUUUAUGAAACAAAAAAAAAAGAAGAAAAAAAUAUAACUUAAAUAAUUCUUUAAGCCAUUUAUUUAGAGUUUAUUUUUUUUGUGAAUUUAUCGAAAUAACGAAAUAAUAUGCAUAUUAAUUGUGUGUUUAAUUGAUUUUUUUUAGAGUAAAAAAAAUAUCAAUUUUAAGUGGUGGACAAUUGAAAAUAAGGUGGUCUCGGUAGUGCGUGUAAUUUUGUUUUAUGUUAAAAAAAAAAAAAAAAAAACAAAUUGCAAUUAUUGUGGUAUUUUUUUUUAGUUAAUCGUCAUUAUUGUUGAAUAUAUAUUUUUGAAACUGGACUAAUGGAUAAUAAACCUUGAGGAAAUAUUAUUUUGUGGAUUUUUUUUUUUAUAAUACCGGUUGUAAAAAUGCCAUUCACGUAGUUGAAAAAUAAACUAUAUUAUCCUGACUUGGGAUUAAUAAUUAUUAACAACAAAAAUCAUCAAAAGAAAAAAGCAGAAAUAAAUAAAAAAACAUAAAAUGUUGUUUGCAACUUUGAGCAAUAGUUAAUACUUGUAAAUAUCUUUUUUUUUUUUUUUUUCUUUUAUUUUAUAUUUAUAAUACAAAUGGAAUUUGAGAUAAAUACAUUUGUCUAUUCGCUGAUAUUUUGAGGUUAUAAUUCGUGCAGUUUUAAAAUUAUAAACAUUAAAAUUUAGGUAAACAAAAAAAAAAAAACCAGAAACAAGGUGCAUCGAGAAUAAUAUAUAGCAUAUUUAUUUCGAAAUAAUAAAUAAUUAAAUAAAUAAAAAAAAAUGACAGACACAAGAAGAAGAGUAAAGCUUUAUGCUUUAAAUGCAGAUAGACAAUGGGAUGAUCGUGGUACUGGCCAUGUGUCCUCGUCAUAUAUUGACAGACUAAAAGGUAUAUCAUUAUUGGUGAGAGCUGAGAGUGAUGGUUCUGUUUUACUUGAAAGUAAAAUAUUACCAGAUACUGCAUAUCAAAAACAACAGGAUACACUUAUUGUAUGGUCAGAGGGUGAAAAUUUUGAUCUUGCAUUGAGUUUUCAAGAAAAAGCUGGUUGUGAUGAAAUAUGGGAAAAAAUAUGUCAAGUACAAGGUAAAGAUCCAUCAGUUGAGGUAACACAAGAUAUUGUUGAAGAAUCAGAGGAUGAACGUUUUGAUGAUAUGUCUGAUACAUCACCACCAGUUGAGCUACCACCAUGUGAAUUAAAUCGUCUUGAAGAUAUUAAUGAAUUAAUUGGUAAUUGUCUAACAACACCAAUGAGAAAAGAAAAAUUAUCAAUAGCACUUGAAACAGAUGGUUAUAUUAAAAAGCUAUUAUUAUUAUUUAAUACAUGUGAAGAUUUAGAAAAUAUUGAGGGUCUUCAUCAUCUUUAUGAUAUAUUUAAAAAUAUAUUUUUAUUAAAUAAAAAUGCAUUAUUUGAAAUAAUGUUCAGUGAAGAUGUUAUAUUUGAUGUUGUUGGUUGUCUUGAAUAUGAGCCAACAUUAACACAACCAAAACGACAUCGUGAAUAUUUACGUCAAUUAGCAAAAUUUAAACAAGCAAUUCCAAUAACAAAUAAUGAAUUAUUGGCUAAAAUACAUCAAACUUAUCGUGUACAAUAUAUACAAGAUGUUGUAUUACCAACACCAAGUGUAUUUGAAGAUAAUAUGCUAAGUACAUUGAAUAGUUUUAUAUUUUUUAAUAAAGUUGAAAUUGUAACAUUAAUACAAGAUGAUGAAAGAUUUUUAACUGAAUUAUUUCGUCAAUUAAUUGAUGAAACAACAUCAAUUAAUAAACGACGUGAUUUAGUAUUAUUUCUUAAAGAAUUUUGUAAUUUUUCACAAAAUUUACAACCACAAGGUAAAGAAACAUUUUAUCGUACAUUAACAUCACUUGGUAUACUACCAUCACUUGAAAUAACAUUAGCUAUUAAUGAUUCACAAACUAAAACAGCAAGUAUUGAUAUAUUAACAUAUAUUGUUGAAUAUUCACCAAGUGUUGUUAGAGAUUAUACACUACAACAAAUUAAUAAUACUGAACAAGAACAAAUGUUAAUUAAUGUUAUUGUAUCACAAUUAAUUAAUGAUAAUGAUUCUGAGCUUGGUGGUGCUGUACAACUUGCUGGUGUAUUACGUUUAUUACUUGAUCCAGAAAAUAUGUUGGCAUCUGUUAAUAAAUCUGAAAAAACUGAUUUUCUCAAUUAUUUUUAUAAACAUAGUAUUGUUAAAUUAAUUGAGCCAUUAUUAAAUAAUACAAUUGGUGAUAAACCAGUUAAAGAAGAUUAUCGAACAGUACAAUUACUUGGUUUAAUACUUGAAUUAUUAUCAUUUUGUGUUGAACAUCAUAUGUAUCAAAUGAAAAAUUGUAUUUUAAACAAAGAUUUAUUAAGAAGAAUAUUAAUAUUAAUGAAAUCAACACAUACAUUUUUGGUAUUAUGUGCAUUAAGAUUUAUGAGAAAAAUUAUUGCACUUAAAGAUGAAUUUUAUAAUCUUUAUAUUAUAAAAGGUAAUUUAUUUACACCUGUAUUUGAUGCAUUUUUACGUAAUAAUGGACGUUAUAAUUUAUUAGAUUCAGCAAUACUUGAAAUGUUUGAAUUUAUUAAAUUAGAAGAUAUUAAAUCUCUGUGUUCUCAUGUUAUUGAAAAUUUUUCAAAAGAACUAGAAGCCAUUGAUUAUGUACAAACAUUUAAAGCACUUAAAUUAAGGUAUGAACAACAUCAAGAUAAACUUAAAGAUCGUGAUAGAGCUACACUUGAAAGUGUACCAUCAAUAUUACGAAGUAGUAGAUAUCGUAGAGAUCAAAGACAACUUGAUGAAGAUGAAGAAAUGUGGUUUAAUGAAGAAGAAGAUUUUGAUGAAGGUGAAGCUGUUGUUCCAGCUGCUGCAGCUGAUAUUGUACCACCAGCAUCAGCUAAAAAACAACCAACUAGUCCAAAUUCUGGAACAAAUCCAUUACCAUCAGUUGAAUCUAAAGCUCAACAACAACAACAACAACAACAAGUACAACAACAGUUGCAACAGCAACAACAACAACAACAGCAGCAACAACAACAACAAAGUCAAACUGUUUUGAAUAAUAAUACGUCAAAUAAUACAAUGCCAAUACAAUCAUCACAAGUUAAUAAUACUAUUCCCACUGAUGUAAUACUUGAUAAUGAAUCAACAAUCCCAACAGCUGUUAUUGAUGAUAAAGCACCUACAACUAUAUUCAAAAAGGGCUUGGUUGAUUACGAGGGUGAUUCAGACGAAGAAGAAGAAGAUGCUGACCUCACUCCAUCACUAAAAAGGCAGCGACUUACAUAGUAAAAAAACAAAAAAAUCAUCUAAUUUCCAAAACACCAAGUUAUGUGUAUUUAUCAAUUAAUAACGUAAAUUUUUUUUCUUAGGAAAAAAAAAAAAAAACAAAUAAACACCAAGACUCAUUCAAAAGUUAAUCCAAAGUUCUUUUGAUCUGUUUAAAAUUUUAAAUAAUAAUAAAAAACCUCUAGAAUUUUUCUAUAAAUAAAUGAUAAAAAUUUUCUUUUUUUUUUUCUGAAUAAAUAGAAAAGGAAAAAAAAAAAAUUGGAAAAAUUUAAUUAAAAUUUUAAAUAAGAAAUUUAGAAAAAAAGAACAGAAUGAAGAAACAAGAUGAUGAAAUUUGUUUUUCUUUAUUUAUUAUUUUUAUUAUUGAUAUAUUUUCUUUUAUUUUUAAUUAUAAAUAAAUGUGAAUUGUGUAUGUGUGAAUGAUUGUGAUAGACGUUUCAACACACUUGUAUGUGCUAAAGAAAAAGAAAAAAAAUAAUUUGCACAUUUUAUGUAUGAAUUAAAGUGUUUCCAAGUUAAUGAAGAAGAAGAAAAAAUAUUAAGAAAAGAGAUAAAAGAGUGAGACGAUAAACAAAAAUUUAAAAAAGAAAAAAAAAAAUUAAGGAAAGAGAUGGUUAAGUGUAUUUAAAUGACAACCAUGGUUUGUUGUAUGUGAAAUAAAAGGAUGCAUGUGAGACAGCAGCAACGUGGUUUAAAUUAACAAAAACAACGACGACAAAAAAUAAUAAAAAAUUAAAGAAACUUUGAACUUUCUUAAGGUAAUAAAAAAAAAACAUAAUUAUUUACUCAUUAUUGUAGGCCUGUGUUGUGUAAAGGUAUAAAAAAUUGAAGAAGAAAAUGGAAUACGUAAUUGUCAUCAGUUGGUUUUGAUUUAAAUAAAAAAUUUUUAAUAAUUAAAAAUUAUACUUGAAUAAUUGUCUAUUAAAAA